CGAACGACUUGGUAAAUUCCAUUCCCUGUUUCGUUCGAGGUGUUUUCAAAUUCGAAUACCUUUCGUUCGGACUGUUUUGUUUUCGAACAUCUUUCAUUCGAAUCAAACCAAACGUCAAACCCACUUUGUUUAUGAAGGAGUGAAUAAUUUCCGCAGCGGAUGAGCGGUGAACUGCAAAAAUGGAAAAAAACAAAAACAAAACAACCACUAAAAAUCAGUUCGAGCGGAUUGUGCUGCUUCUGGAGCAAGAGCCGGACAUAGCAAAGGGUUUCUCCCGAGGAAAUUCCGGACCCUUCUGGGAUGAUCUGGCGGCAGAAGUCAAUAGUUUGGGACCGCCUAUUCGCGAUGGAAGUGGAUGGAAAAAGGUUUGGGCGGACUAUAAGUCCGGAUUAAAGCGAAAACUCGCUCACAACAAACGGGAGCAGAGGGCGACAGGUGGAGGACCCAAUAAAAUUAUCAAUUUGUCCGAGCUGGAGGAGCAGGCAGUUCUACUAACUGGGUUACUUGCGACCGUGGAAGGAAUCCCGGGUACCUCAUCUCAUGGAACACAGUUGGGUUCGCCUUCGGGUGAACCUCAAGCUGCAGACCAGGAAAAUUUUAUAUAUUAUGGUACUUCCGACGAGUGUGACGGUAUCAAUAAUACCAUUCACUUCCAGCCCUCUCAGCCGAAAAAAUCCAGACCUUCUACCACGAGGCUAUUAGAGCUGCAAGUCGAGCAACAAAACAAAUUUCACACCAAUGUGAAAUCCCUGUUAAAAAACACAAACACGAAUUUGAGUGAUCUGGUUCAUUAUCAGCGCCAAUCAGCUCGAGCGAUUCUUUCCGUGGAUGCCACACUCAAAGAACAUCUGAGUGAACAAAAACGACAUAACCACGAGAUGGAGAAGAUCGCGCUGGAGAAAUCAAUAGCGACAAAUCCUUGAAACGCAGAUUGCGUAUAUUUCAGAACAUUAGAAUAAUGUUUCAAAAUAUCAGUGAUCUGAUUUUUUAUCUUUAUAUUGUAACUCAAGUAUAAAAAAAUGAAAAAAGUUCUAAUCGUAUUUUUAUAUCUUUCCAUGGAAGAAAAAUCUUACUUAAUUUUUUCUUUGAAGUUUGUUUGGAAUAGCAUCAAAAUUAUAUAAACUUUUUUAAAAUUCACGAAUUUCGCCUAUAGUUUAUGGAACUUCCUUAACCCCUUCACGUACAACAUUGAACUUCACUCGUUGUUUCUCGAUGUGAAAUAAUUACAUAGCUUCAGGCAUAUGAUGAGGAUACCGACAACUGAAGAUUAUCAAAUUUCCGUUAUUUAAAAAAAAAAUUGAAUGAGCUAAAAAUAUAAAAUAUAAUUUGAAUAUUAUAAUUAAAAUAAAAACGAACGAGUUAGUACGUAGUAAUAACUCCUUCGUUUUUAUUUUAAACACAACAUGUAUUUGCUCAUCAUAGGGCACCCAUGUUAGAUACCCACACUCAGCAGAGUAGCGGAACGACUCGAAGUGCUCGUUUUGGGCCGUGCUGUUGGAAAUUAAAUCGUACAGCAAGGGGUUAAAACAACGCAAAAAGUAUUAACAAUGGUUAUUUGAAUACUUGGCCUGCUUACGAGAAAUCGAUAAUGACAUGUUCUCAAAGUGUUGGCAGGAAUAAGAGUAAAUAAUUCUGCCGAAACCAUAGUUAAGUAAGGAAGACACUUCCUUUUCCGGUGGUUGUUAUUUAUUUGAGCAUUUGCAAACAAGUUAGAUGAAAUUUAACAGUCAUAAAUAUUAAUUUAAACAAAAGUUUAUUAUGUAAACAGCUGCAUAACAUAUUAUAACUACUGAGAACGACCAAAUUCUAAGCAUAUAUUGUGAAGUGCACAGCAUACAUUUAUAAUUUGAGCGCAUUUAGUAGGAUUGUAGUGAAGUUGUCUCGCGCCAAGGAUGCAUCUAAACCGAUUUUUUAGUAAACCGAUUGUCCGCUCGACGAUAGCA